AUGGUUCAAGGAAACCCCGGUAGUUUUAAUGCGGCAUUACAACAAAUCCAGGCUCGAAGUCAACAGACCACAGACAUAAAGAGUGAAGUUAACAUGGGCCUAUGGAUUCUUCAAUUAUGGGCAGGGAAUGAUGCAGUCAAAACCAGGAAUAGGGAAUGCAGCCAAGAUCCAACUGACUGCAGCAGUGACUUUUUCUCUUUAACUCAGGUUUUUCCUUCAGAGGGAAAACUGUUGGCCAGUGCUGGGCAUGACAAGAAGAUCAUGUGGCAAAUAAUGUACAUGCCAUGUCAAUUAAUGAUUCUCUCUUUGGAUGGUGCUUGUACAAAUCACUUGCCACAUUAUGUCGUAUUGAAAUGUGGUGCAAAAAUUUGGUCAGCCUAG